GGAAAAAAGGCAUCACAAAAAAAGCUUUAAAAGAAGUUUCAGAAACCGGUCAUGCUCCUGAGAUGCAAAUUGGAAAACAUGAUGUGAAGGUUGACAUAUGGGGUGUUGGCUAUUUAAUUAAUUCAUGUGGAAUAAAUGGUAUUCAUUCAGAACUUAAAAGUUUUGCAAAGAGGUUGUGUGAUGAUGCUCCAAAAGGACGACCAAAUGCUUCAGAUGCACAUGAUGAGGCAAUAAAGAUAUUUAAGAAG